AUUAAUAAUCCAAACAUGUAAUUUAUUAAAAGAAAAUUUUGACAAGUGGUGCCUAUAAACGUGUGCUAGUGGGUCCCAGGCAUUGAAAGGAUCGACCCUUUACAUAAAAAGGCAUGAGGUAGCUGUUGGAGAUACCAAGCCUAGAACCCCACGCUUCACAGCUCCCAGUGCCUCUGCUUUCUAACCCUACAAAACUACACACAGAAGAAGAAGAAGAAAAUCUCAAUAAAACCCUCCAAACACCUUUUACUCAGCUUCCAAUUCCAAAAAUGGAGGAUUUCUCAUUCCUCUCCGACACAGAUGAAUUGGCAGUAAACGAGCUCUUUUCCCAGGCGCAAGACUUCUGCGUUGUCGAACAAGUCCCCACUAUCAACUGCUUUUCCUUCGUCGAUUCUCUGCUCCCCACUAACCUUGAAUCCCGCUUUCCAAAGCUCAAAUCAUUCCCACAAACCAACUCCAAGCUCACAAUAAGGACCCAGUUGGAUAGCUCAGUUAAAGGUAAACAGGAAGACUCUGAUUGCGCUUCCGAUGAAGAUUCUGAGAUUUUCUCGCCCACCAUACAGAAACCAGAUAAGAGAAGUGAUUUCAAGAAGAAAUCACAAUCUGGGCUUUCUUCAGUACCUCUAGAUUUGAAGGAUUUCUCAGUAGAAAAGGAUGUUUCGGAAGAAAAUUGGGAUCCAUCCAACAACAUUUUAAAUGGCAGAAUAUCAACAGGUAGGAUUCCAAGAUCUUUGGCCAAUUGUAGAGCUUUGGUGGUUUUACACCAGGGAAACAAUCAAAUGCUUGACACCUUUCAAUUGUUAUUGAAAAAUAUAUCCACCUUGCGUAUCCUUUCUUUGCAAUCAAACAAAUUCUAUGGGAGCAUUAUAUGUACAGGUAGAGACAGCAUAGGCGAUUGGCCAGUGAUCCAAAUUAUAAAUGUAGCUUCCAACAAUUUUAAUGGUGAACUACCAAGCUAAUACUUAAAAAAAUGGCAUGCAAUGGUUGACACAAAUUUUGACUUUCAUGAAGCAACUCCAAGCUACAUUAGUUAUAAUUAUGAAGAUGUUGUGACAGUUCCUAGCAAAGGUCUACAAAUGGAGAUGGUAAAGAUACCCAAAGGAUUCUCCUUGAUUGACUUUUCAAGCAACAACUUCCAUGGUGAAAUACCAAAAUAACUGGGACUCCUCAAGUCUCUCAUUGUACUCCACUUGUCCAAGAACGCUCUCGAUGGUAGUAUUCCAUUGUCUUUUGGAAACUUGCAGCAGCUGGAGUCUUUGGAUCUCUUAAGGACCCAUCUGAAUGGGGAAAUUCCAGUAUCACUUACAAGCUUGACUUUCCUUCAUUUCAUCUUUUGGCAACUUGAAGCGGCUCGUGUCUUCAGACCUCUCAGCUUUCAAACUUGAAAUUUUUUUCAGUCCUGCAC